GCUCAUAACAGCUACAAAGAACGCAGCUUACUUCCCGCUUUCACAAUCGACCGAGAGGAGGGGUGGAGAUGUACCCCGCUUGUCAGCUACGCGUGCCUAUGACGCGUCGUGAUUCGUUUAUUUUUUCCUGUGUUUCUCUCCUGACUUCAACAUACCCACAGUUUGCUGUAUGAAGGACUCUGCUUAUCUUUUCUUUAGCUGGCUUGUCAUCGGAUAUAAGACGUUACCACCCUCCUAACGAUUACCAAACAACAGUUCAUUCUUCUCACAACUCCCCAUCUUGCGCCGUUCAACUCAACAUCCAACUUCGCAAGCAAGAGCAUCGACAAAAGAUGGCUACAAACGAGAUCCCAAUACCCCAUGAUCCCACCGAAGAAGAAGCCUCCGCGCUCUUCAAAGCAGUCGAAGACAAGUUCCCCUCAAAGACACUCGGAGACGACAAAUGGUAUAUCCUAGUUCUGGCAGCCAUGGUCGGCGGCGGCCAACCCAACUACGCACCUCUCCUCUACAAAGAACUCAUCAGCCGAUCUGGAUGCCAAACGCCCGAGCAACGCCAGGCACUAAUGCGGAGAAUCCGCGAGACGCUAUUCAAACUCAUCAUCAUCGUUGGGGUGUGCAAGCCGCUAGAAGCCAUUAUGAGUAUUGAAGAGAUCACACGAAAAGAGGAUAAAGAUUACUCUUUCUCGCGAGAAGGCUGGCAGUGCGACGACGCCAAUCUGCAGCGUGGUGCCGCUUGGCUGGAUCGUAUAUACAAGCACAAUAUGCAGAACAUCAAUGACUCGCUCGCUGCACAGAGGGAUUUCGAUUGGACGACCAAGAACAUCACCUACGGUCUGUAUCUCUCCGACCAGAGUAUUCUGAACGACGUGGAGACGGAAAUCACGGUGCUGUCGGGUAUUAUGAUUCAGAAUCUGCCCAAGGAGACGGCGUGGCAUCUGAGGGGGACGCGCCGGAUUGGCGUGAGUGUCGAGGAUGUCGAGGCGCUUCAGGAAUGCAUUGAACUUGUUGCCCGGUUCUGCGGACUUCGUCUGCAUCGGGUGCCCAAGGUCGCGGAUAUCGAAAGCGAGGUGUGAGGGACAUAAUUGUCCUCGUACUUGGUUAAUUUGACUUCGACGUUGUGCAACUGCAACCUCACGCGAAACACAUGAAAGAAGCCUAAAGACCUAGACUAGAUAGAC